AUGAGAGUCCACCCAGUUCCCAGAAGGCUUAACAAUACCCUAAUCCAUCAUCAUCAUCGUAACCCGACCCGAGAACCCGGAAAGAAUCUCCGGCGUUUACCACAUAUCUUCAACCGUGUUCUUGAGCUACCAUUAAGGUCCGAAGCCGAUGUAACGGUGGAGGAGAAAUCCGAUUGUUUCAGAUUCGUGGCGGAGACUGACGGAAUCUGCGGCGGAGAAGAAAUGAGGGCUUACAUGGUGGAGAUCCAUCCGGGGAUUACCAAAAUCGUUGUUAGGACAAACGGGUCGUCUUCUUUGGGUUUGUCUUUGGACGAGUUAGAGCUUGACGUGUGGCGUUUUAGGUUACCGGAAUCUACUAGGCCUGAGCAUGUUACGGUGGCUUGUGUUGACGGAGCUUUGAUUGUUACGGUGCCUAAGAUUCCAGAGGAAGAAGAUGAUGAUGGUGGUGGAGAUUUUGGACAAGGUAUGGGAAGUGGAAGGCUAGUUCUUGUUCAGUAA